CUCGGUCGGACGCGGACGGGCAGCAGCAGCAGCCGGGAUAAAUCGCGUGUGGCAUUAAGUUACGAUCGACUGGGCGCGCGAGAGUUGUGAGAGUUGUGUGCGAGUUGUGGGACGUGGAACGCGCUGGAAUUAUUCACGCUGGCGGAAAGUACGAGGACGGCGGGAUUCUGAAUGUUUUUCGAAACUUUUAAAGCGGCAAACUUAAAAACUAAGCGAACAAAUAGACAGCGGAACUUUGCGCAGUUGAAACAGUUUGAAAUUGACGAGACAUCUGUGACGUAAACUGUGUGCACUUUAACACGUGGAGGGUUUCAAGCAAUUAGAAAUUAUUUUUCAGCUCAUUUGGAAAGCGAAAUAUUCAUGCAAGUUAUAGAUCGCAACGUCGUCGUUUUCGCCGCGCAGGAAGCAGGAAACAACAAAGUGGAGUGGAAUUCGUCGCGCGCCGGCCUCAACAGAAUGGAAAGGACAUGCGGCACAUAGUGUUGGAACGGCACCGAUACGGCGCUCUAUACGAGGUGUGUUAUGUCCAUGAAACGACUGGCGGCACUUUCGUCGACGACUAGCAACCAUGGCGGGCUAAACUACACGGAAAUGAGUACGGCCCCUGGCUCACCCCCGCCGCCUAUCCAUGGGGUGAAUGUGAUGCUCGGAGGGGCCAUGCUGAGCGGCAUCAUACUGGUGGUAUUCCUAAUGUGCUACUGCUGCCACAAGAACGCGCGGAAAUCUGAAACGCACAUGCCGGAAUACUGGCGAGAUUCCGGGCUUCCGCUGCACGUCUACACUGUCGAAGGACACCAACAGUGCUUCGACCCAGAAGAAUUAGUGCUGUGCGACAUGCAGGUGCCGGUGACGCCCGGCCCGCCGCCCGCCUACGACGCCGUCGUGCCUAUACACAAGAACAUCGUCAGCCCGGCGCGGACGUCGCCGCACGAGCAGCAAUUCCUGCAGCACCAGCAGCUAGCAGCUCAACAGCGGCGGCCGCCGCCCUCGUCCGACGAUUCCGGCCUGCCGUCCUACGAGGCGGCACUGCGGCUCGAGGUCGGGCACGUCUGAAAGCGAAAAAACAAUGUAUAUCACACAAGCUGCUCUCUCCAGCGCCCCGCGAUCAUUUGUCACCCUCGAGUGUGUGACAGCGUCGUUCAUUUUUGUGAUAAAACGAACAUUACAUUCGGCGUAAGCCGGCUAAGUGAACAUUGGACACGUAAGACGACUUAACCUAAGAACUAGGAUUAGACCGAGCGAAUAGAUUGUACAGUUACACAGACAUAUAUAACCUGACAACGCACGUAUUUUUUAAACUUAAGAAAAAUAACUACACACAGACACAGAAAAGAAAAAUGAACUGACAGCGCCCAGCCGUGAUGAGAAUAACUUGAAUCUCGUACGUAAUUCCACUCAAGUGUCAGGGGCGGGGAAAAAUGUAGGCCAAAAGUGUAUCGCCGAAAUAUUUCAAUUAUUAUCAAAUUACGCGAGCACUAAUGCUUUCUGCCUAUGAAUAAAACUAGUGUGUAAGAAGUGUCAUAAGUUGAAUAAACGUAUUCUAUGCGAAAUGAUGUUUUUUGUACUCUUCGAGUUUUCGAUGGCAUUAAUCCGGACCUGCCUAACGUAAAGUAACGUUCAAGUAACACCAAUUUUCGAUUUUUAACUGUUCAGUCAAAUAUCGCGAACACGUUUAGACUACUUAUCGUAAUUAGCAAUUAGAAUUCAAUUUGGUUAAUUAUAAUUAACCCUCAAUUAAUUAACAUUAAGUCAAUUAGCACACUUUCUGUCGCCAGCGGAUGAUUAAAACCAAGGUUUUAACGAUGUUUGCACAAGCAAAUUACGGCAACCCGUAUAACACGCGUGAAACUUUUGCACAAUCUUUUUAUUUUUAUUUGUUUAUUCUUUUAUUUUAUGCCACAAUGCGAAUAAAAUUUUCUAGUUUUAUUUCCGCGCACGUUGCGUAAUAAUAGGUGAUGUUUUCUGUGGUUUUAUGAGUGUUGGGUGUUUUUGAAGAUCGUAAAUGAACAUUUUCAAAAUAAACACAGGCAUCAUUUGCUUGAUUAACCCAUUUCAUUAAUUCGCGAUAUAAUUUUAGCUUGAUUACCACUUGUGAUGGGAAAACGCUCGAUUUAUUAUUAGAUUAUCGACUGCAAACGAGGAAUAAUUUCGCGAUUUUAAUUUGCCACCCACGCAAUCGCCAUCGAGCAUCAUUACGCCAAUUACGGAAUGAAUUUAUUUGGAUCAAGCUAUAAUUAACCGCAAGCGAAAUCUGAUCAACUCAUCAACAAGAAGAGAAAUUUUAUGAAAUUUAGUGAAAAUAGUGAAAAAUUAGAGUUACGGUAUAAGUAGCGAACAUAGGAAAUGCAAUGCUAUUUUUCAAAAUAUGUAAUACUAUUUAAUUUUUAAUUUAAUUUUCGUCAAUUUCUAAAUUUAAAAAAUUAUUCGUGUUUAAAUUCAAAAUUUAACUUUUAAAAAUUUUCAACGCUGGUACUUGCGGUAUAAAAGUAUCAAACCGCACAAUACUAUUAACUAAAAAUAGAAAAACACAUUUUAUCAGUUUCUAAAGCAAAUUUUCUAAAUUGCCAAUGCGUUGAGUUACGGUAUAAGUAGCGAACAUAGGAAAUCCAAUGUUAUUUUUCAAAAUAUAUAAUUCAAUUAAAUUUUUAAUUUAAUUUUCGUCAAUUUCUAAAUUAAAAAAUACGUGUUUAAAUUCAGAAUCAAAACGCCCAAUAUAGUUAACUAAAAAUAGCAAAACACUUAUUUUAUGAGUUUCUAAAGCAAAUUUUCUAAAUUACCAAUGCGUUGGGUUACGGUAUAAUGAUCGAACAUAGCAAAUCCAAUGGUAUUUUGUACAAAAUUAUAAAAAUGUUUAUUUGUUUUAAUAAUGAUAAAACAAAUUCCUCUUUGAAUUAUUAAAUAACCAAGAAAAGGUUUAACGCAAUUUUAUAAAAAAAUCUGCUUUAUUCAUAAUUGUUAGUAAAGGUAACAAGUUACGUGAUGUUGUUGAAAGUAUCAGAUGUGAUGCGCGAUUGUUAUAUAUCGCAAAACAGCGUUUUGCAUUAAAUAUGAUUCGAUGAAUAAUGUAACGCGAAAGUGAAGCGUUACGACGACGACGACACACGUAAUGACACGUUUUAUUGCAUGUCCUCCUAAAGGGCAUGGUACGCUGUCCUGGAAUAAUGAAUACAUAUCCGACAUGUUACAUGCAUACACGAUUCGAAUUUUUUACAUUUUUGCAUUCUGUAUUUGCAUUCGUUCGUUUGGUGAUGAUGUAAGUGAUGAAGAGAAGAGUGAAGUACUCGUAAGUGAAGUAAAUGAAAAACGGGGACCAACGAAUGUAAUAAACAAAUAUUUCAAUCGUUUUCAUUUUAAAAUGACACUUUUAAUUAUGUUUUAAAGUUAAUUAAAAGCAAAUUAAACCGGAAGUAAUUUAGAAACAAAGAUAAUAAGUGUAUAGUGGCGACAUCUCAGUUAGAACAGUUGAUUUAUCUUUAAAUAUGUCAAAUCUGCUGCACGCUGCAGUGACAACUCACACUGACAUUCACAAUACCAAACAUACUGCGUGAGUCAUGCCGCCACACCUACCACACCGUAACUUAACGCACGUUCACUAACACUAGCAAAAAUAAAUUCGUUCAACCAAUACGCAGCGUCGGCUCACACCGACACAGCACCCUCUGCCUAACUUAAUGCGCCUGCACAACUGCAACCAAACAACUUCACAGAACAUAAACUGCAUCCUAACGCCAUCUCGAAUCCAAUUAUAUAACUUUAAUUGCACAUUUUAACCUAUUUAGAUUAUUUUCCGCGCAAUUUUUGAUAUAACAGAAAAAAAUCACGAACACCACGUUAUAACCUCACCCACCCACCGCAAACAUUUACAACAAACGAAGUAUAAAAUAAAAUUGUGCGGUUUUUGUGGCGUGCUUAACGAUUGGUAAAUAUUUGCGCACUGCAAUGUGCAUGCUUCCCACCGUACAGUAGCAAUCGCAAGCGUAUAUUGAAUUACUAAAACAAUCCAGCGGAAUUUAUUGUAAUGUAAAUACGAAUGAGUUUUUAAUCUGCGCAGCCAUCGCAUAGCGCAUUGUAGAAUCUAGACUAUAUUUAAAAUUACAAACACCUUAAAUAAACAAAUAAAUACGCAUUGUGUAAAUGUAUAAAUCACAUAAUAACUACCCGAAUAUUCUAACCUAAAAUUAGUCUGGAUGCAAAGUGGUAAAAAUUAAACAAGAAAAAUUAAAUCAGUGCAAAACCACUGAUUCUAAUUACGUUUUAAUAUUCUUUGAUAGCCAAUUGGAAGGCAAUUAAUUUUAUUUCCAUUAACGUUGGCUAAAUGGCGAUAAAUACACUUUUUAUCCUUCAUUAAACCAAAAUUAAACAUUGCGCAUUUAAUUUCACAACACCAAUGUUAAUAUAUAAAGAAACACCGCGUGGCUAAUACAGGAUGUUGCAUGAAAUGUGCGACAAACUGUAAAUUAUCAAUUAGAUUAAUGUAAAUUUCUAGCAAGUGUAAAUAAAGUAAUUACUUAAGUAUGUACGAGUAUAACGCGAUAGAAUAAGGUCGUUCUCGUUUUUUAUGUGAGUCGGUUUUCGUUCGACGUGUUCUCGAAACGAAUUACUCUUAUUAUUAUGUACAAUUAACGAAACAAUGCAGCGCUAACGGAAUUACAAAACAAGUAGCCAUUAAAAUAACAAAAUAACAAUUAUGCUUAGUGGAUAAGAAUUACGAGUAAAAAUUAUAUUCUAAAAAUAAGUAUUAGGUAUGUUGGUUUUAUUGAAAUUUGAAUUCCAAGCAUAAGACGUCAUAAAAAUAUUUUCUUGAGAAUUAUAAUAUUUAUGAGUUGUGGUUUAAGAACCAAAAACAAAUAUUAUUAAUUAAAAUGUGAAAAAGUCAAUUUAUCUGAUUUUUGUUCAAAUUUUUGUGAAUUGCCUAUGCGUUGAGUUGCGGUAUGAGUACCGAACAUAGCAAAUCCAAUGUUAAUUUAUAAAAAUGUAAAGAAUUAUUUUCUAAAAAUAAGUAUUAUCUUAUUUUUAUUCAAAUUGCAAGCAUAAAUGAGGUCAUAACAAUUUUCUUGGUAUUUCAUUGUUCAUUAGUCACUAUUAAUAUAUUUAAUUACAGUGUAGCCUCGUAUAGCGAUGAAAUGUAUACAAUUUGGUUGGUUAAUAUUAAUUUCCUCGGGGCAAUAACGAAAAAUAUUUUCAUUUCUAGCAAUUAUGAGCUAGAAUAUUUUUUCAAAGACAUGACAUCGUUGGAAACAUUUGAAAUAUUGUUGUAAUUAUGAUCCCAACAUUCCUACAAAUUGCAAUGCAAAUUUCUAUAACUUAAGCACGAUUUUUCAGCUAAUUUGUUGGGAUGCACAAGCAGUUACUACAAAAUCAUUUAAACAUAACACAAGUGAAUACAACUGAGCGACGCGGAAUUCAUAUUUAGACUACAGGAAAUAUUUACUUGCAUUUUUCCAAAAGUAAUUGAGUUUAUCAUCAGCUUUCAAAAGAAUAAACAAAUCCAAAUCCGCGUAAAAUUCAAAUAUUUUGUCAUUUUUUGUUCCUGGAUGUAAUGUCAGCUCGGUAUAAUGUGAAUACAGAGGCUACACUGUAUAUAGAGUAAUUAUAACACAUGGAUUUAAUUUGUACAGAAUGUAAUUGUGAAUGUAAUCACAUUUAAUUGUGAGAAGGUGUGAUUAUAAUAAUUUGGACAUUAUGUAUACGUGUUAUUUUUUGUACAAUCAUCUCACGAGGAUUAUUAACACCACGCAAACACGUAGAUAAUUGUAAUUAAAAUGGAAUUAACGUUGGAAUUAAAAUUAUCAAAUCAAAACUGUGCGCUUUUUUAAAGCGACGCAGUGAUAUUAAUAUUAAAAUUAUUAUUAGUGAAAUAUGAAAAUAAUAAAUAAAUAAAUAAAUAAUUGGCGUAAGUCACUAGAAAUACUAAUAAUUAAUUAAAUUAGGAGAUAAUAUAUUUGUAAAAAACGUUAAAGAUUAAUUUCAAUUAUUAAUAUUUUCGCAAAAGAUUAAGAAAUGUUUUGUUAUUUGUUUAUAUUCAUUAUUAUUAAUACCUAGACUUAAAAUAUUUAUUAAGAUUUGUAAAUAUGACAAAUAAAUUAUUAAUAUAUA